AUGAACACACAGCACACCGCGAUGAACAAGAAUCUGGGAACUGCCGCCAAGCAGAUUUUCGAUUUGACCCACGAGGAGCACAAGGUGCUCGCAGAGAAGAUUGAUGGUGUGAACACGAACAUUGAACGCACAGGAGGUGCCAUCGACAGGCUGCAGGAGUCCACCAUGAAGGGCUUCGAUGAUGCCUUCAGCGAGUUUGCCGACUCCCUCGCGGAAAGCAGCCUUCUGGACGUGAACCUCCAUCGAUCUGCUCGUUCAGCCGUGGAUCAGUUCUCCAAGUGGCACCAGGAGUCCAUGCAUCGAGCUGGCCGUGAAAACCUGCAGCAGAUCGAGCAGGCCAUGCGCGCCCUGCAGCUGCGCAUGUCCGCGAAGCGGGCGCAGGGUCUUGAUGCCAACCUGACUUUAUCGCAGAAGCGCGAGGCCUUCGCGUCCUUACAGAAGGACGCGAACUCGACCUUACAUCAGCUCUUCCGGAUGCAAGGGGCGUCGGACGAGAGCUCGCCAGCUGUGGUGGAUCAGGAGAUCAAGAAGCUCCUCAGGGCUGCGCAGACAUCUAUCCGCAGUCAUCACCUGUCUGCUGAGCGCAUGGGCCGGCGAAUGGCGAUAAUGCAGCGGUCGAACUACAACAGGUCCAUGUCCUCCACACAGCUUGCGACUGACCUCCACAUCGAAGCACAGCUGGUGGAGUUUGACAAGAUCAUGCUGCAAAUCCGCCGGGCCGCAGAAGAGUACUUGGAAGCGGCACACUCCCAAGUCAGCCUGGUGGGCCGAGCCACGGAGCUCACAGAUCAGUAUCUGUCCGAAUGCAGCUCCGAUUUCUGGGAGUUGUCACUGGCAGCCCGCAAGGCGUUGGCAGCAGGAAAGAAGGCAGCGCGGUCUGCGCGGACGGCGAUGAACCACGUGACGCAGCAAGUGGGGCUGCUUGCUGACAUGCUCGUGGACGGAGGCCUCGCGCGGCACGCCACGGAAGCGGCGGCGGCCGAGCUCACCUUCGAAGCAUCGGGCGGUGUGGGUGCAUCUGAUGAUGAGCAAGUCCCGGAUGAGGCCAGCAGCGCCCCUGCUGCUGACACGCAGAUUGAGCAGGUCGUCCAACUCUUCCAAGCUUUCCGGCCCCACGGGCAGACAGGGUCGGUGUCGACCCUUCUCACACAGCCGGAGCUGCACCAGGCUUUGGUUGCAGAUCUCAUCAGUCGGCUGCACCGCCGCAUGCCUCCCUUCUUGCCCAAGGCCCUAGCCUCCUUCCACCUGGUCCAGGACUUGCGCCAUCGCCACGACAUGCACGGCCUUGCUCGGACGGGCAAGCAGGAUGCCAAGCUGAUGGCUGCAGCCUGGGCGCGUCUGGAUUCCGAGUUGGCAUUGCUGGCGGCCGAGACGAGGGUCGAGGACUCCAAGCUGGGCUCUGUCUUUUUGGAGCGGGCUAACCGGAUGCUGGAGGCUUUGGCGCCGGUCCCCAGCGCGUGCCGCCCGCUCGUCUCUGGCGCGGGAUGGGCCACCUGGGGCCAGGCAUCUACGUCCAGCUGGGUGCUGGUGAAAGGUGCCGCGCGCUUGGUGCAGCACAAGUCGGGCUACCAUCGCAGCCAUCACGACUUCGCACAAGGAGGUGUCCUGGAGGCCGUGGUCUGCAACGCAGAGGAGAGCGCGCGACCUUCUCUUCGACAACUGCGCAAAGGAGAGCUAGUGGUUUGCUUCCACAAUGCGACGGCAUCGCCGAGGACCUCGUGCACCGAUAUGCUGAGGGUUGAUGGCCUUGUCGAGCCCAAUUUCUGGGCUGCCCCGCUGGAGAGCUUCUAG